UCAUCCCGCUUCCAAUUCUCUAAAACCAAUAAUAUUAUAGUAAGCUCAUCAGCUUUGUGUCAAGAUUUGUUGAAAUCAAUUUCUGGGGUUGUACAGUACAAUUUGUCUGCUUUCAAUGGCUAAAUACCAAAGCAUGGCUUUUCAGCUUUUGGGUCUUGUUUGUUUGUCUUUGAUCCCCAAGAGUUUUGCCACCGAUUUCACAAUUGGAAACUCAGCAGGUUGGAGUGUUUCCAAUGCACAAAGCUAUAAUCAAUGGGCAGAAAAGAAUAGAUUUCAGAUUGGAGACUCGAUAGUCUUCAACUACCCUUCUGGCCAAGACUCAGUGCUUCUAGUGAGCCAGGACGACUACAACAACUGCAACACCUAUCACCCUAUUCAGAAAUUCGACGACGGCCACACCGUCUUCAAGUUCAACCAAUCCGGCUCCCACUACUUCAUCAGUGGCAACAAAGAUAACUGUCUCAAAAACGAGAAGGUGGUUGUCAUUGUCUUGGCUGACAGAAACAACCGCUCCUCCAACACCAAUCCAUCUCCACCGCCUUCUCCCGCCCCAGAAGCCCAACAGUCACCCUCGCCACCAACUCCGUCUGAGAUUAAUCCGACUCCAGCCCCUGCCAGUGACCAGACUCCACCACCACCAAAUGCUGCUGCUUCUUCUUUUGCCCACAUCACCUUUCUUGGUUACCUUGGAGCAUUUGCAGCUUCAUCACUUGCUCUUGCCUAACUGCAUGCUUAUUAUGAUUUCAAGUUGAAUUUCUUUCCUCCAUUAUUGACAAGUCUUUCGCUUCAUUUUUUAUUUUUAUUUUUUUAAUUUUAUUUUUCCCUUGAGCUCAGUAGAUUCAACUGUGCUUUAAGGAUUUGGCUUGGUGUUUGAUAUAUAAUUUAUUUGUGCUAUGCAGUUGAAUAAGCUGACAAAAGUAUGCAUGUGUUCAUUGGGUGUGCUUGUGUUACAAAUAUUAUGUAAAAAGCAAUGUAUAUUUUUUUAAAAGAAAGUAAAUUGAUUUUUAAGAUUAA